AUGGUUCCCUGUCAAGCAUAUGACAACGGGGCUCUGCUUGUCACAUAAAAGACAAUAAAUGUUUGUACAACCACAACUUAAUAACAUGGCUACAUUACCUAUAUAGCGAAGUGCACCAUUCAGUCUGAUUCAGCAUUCCGCUCAGCAUUGAGAAAUUGAAAUGAAGUUUACAUUAUCCUUUGUGGCUAUUGUGUUAAUGAUCAGUCUUGUACUGGCUCAGCGACCGAGGACCACUUCUAGAAAGCAGAGCUCAUCUGGGAUGUCAGAAAACAUGAUGAACAUGAUGAUGCUGAAAUCAUUGAUGGGACCAGGAAGCGGAAUGCUUGGUGGAAAUAAUUUACUAGGAUUGAUGAUGUUGGGUGGUGGGGAGAUGAUGGCAAUGGAUGACUUAAUGCAGAUGAUGAUGAUGAGAAAGAUGUUUCAAGGCAAUAUGUCGCCUUCAAGAAGCGCUAAUAAAGUACAAGGCUAAACUGAAUCUUCAAUAAGACACUAAAUGUUUUGAUUAUAUUCAUCAAAAUUGUGUGAUUAGAUACAGAUACGUUUGAAAUGUUGUUUUAAACAUUGCUAAAACAUAAUUAGUAUGAAAUAAAAUAAUGAUAGAUUUGU